AACAAUGGUGGCAUUUACGGCUUAGUGACAUUGUACAAAAUUACACAAGCAGAUCCUUGAUAAAAAGGACUGCAAUUCACAACAAGUCCAAAUAUAUACUGCUACCAUGGCUUUCACUCCUCAGUACUACUCUAACUACAACUUCUCCAAUGAAUUCUGCGAAUUUACUCCAGCCAGUGGCGCGGACGGAGUUGGCCUAGCAAUGUGGUGUGAAGAAAACUUGCCCCUGUUUGAUAACAUGAUGAAUGGUGUGGGCAAUUAUAUGGUGCCAUCGGAAUCAGAUAUGACCUCGUCCUCAAUUUCAACUAUUUCAUUCCCUCAAGAGUACGAUAGCACUCAAGCUACUUGGAACAUGCAGGCCGCUCAUGUGCCUGAGAUGAAUAAUGGAUUUGCAGUGGGAUAUCAGCCGGAGCGCUGUGAAUUUGGGGAGGAAUGCAGUGGAUUUGCUUCUAAUUUUUGGCCUGAACAAUAUUCCACCACCACCAACACCUGGCAGGAAAUCAAAGGCGAGCAGGCAGUACAAGAAAGUGAGGAGCCGGCAAUGAAAAUUGGGAGGUACUCGGUGGAAGAAAGGAAAGACAGAAUCUCAAGGUACUUGAAGAAGAGAAAUCAAAGGAAUUUCAACAAAACUAUCAAGUAUGCAUGUCGGAAAACACUAGCUGAUAAGAGAGUUCGAGUUCGUGGAAGAUUUGCAAAGAACAAUGAAGCUUCAUUAGACCAAGAUGAAAACGUAAUGAAAAACAAGAAGAAUUUGCACCAAGAUUCAUUUAACGCCAACUUUUUUCAGAUCAAGCAUGACGACGAUGAGUGGUUAGAGGCAGUGGCAAGCUUCAUGUAUCUACCAUACAUCAAUGGCUGAUGAUAUGCUAUACUAUAUACUGAGGCCAAAUACAUAUGUAACAAUCAACGUAGAGUACUUUUUCUACGUUAUAAUUCUGGAAAUCAGAAAAUUGAACCUUACUGCAUGCAUGAAGCCCGAAUAACUUUGAAAGCGGGUUAUACUUGUUUGUAAAGUAUUAUUCUUGUACCAGGAUUGAUAUUAGCAAUAAGAAGCCGAAUGUUAAACGCA